UUUGGACGUCUCUAAGUCAGUCUCCUGUCCCCACUAAAAGCAUCAUGACUUGUGGAUCCUACUGCGGCGGCCGAGCCUUCAGCUGCGCCUCGGCCUGCGGGCCCCGGCCAGGCCGCUGCUGCAUCACUGCCGCCCCCUACCGCGGCAUCUCCUGCUACCGCGGCCUCACAGGAGGAUUCGGAAGCCACAGCGUCUGCGGGGCCUUCCGCUCUGGCUCCUUUGGCCGCAGCUUUGGCUACCGCUCUGGAGGCGUGUGCGGCCCCAGCCCGCCCUGCAUCACCAGCGUGUCCAUCAACGAGAGCCUCCUCACGCCCCUCAACCUGGAGAUCGACCCCAACGCGCAGUGCAUCAAGCACGAGGAGAAGGAGCAGAUCAAGUGCCUCAACAGCAGGUUCGCUGCCUUCAUCGACAAGGUGCGCUUCCUGGAGCAGCAGAACAAGCUGCUGGAGACCAAGUUGCAGUUCUACCAGAACCGCGAGUGCUGCCAGAGCAACCUGGAGCCGCUGUUUGAGGGCUACAUCGAGACUCUGAGGCGAGAGGCCGAGUGUGUGGAGGCCGAUGGCGGCAGGCUGUCUGCUGAGCUCAACCGUGUGCAGGAGGUGCUGGAGGGCUACAAGAAGAAGUAUGAGGAGGAAGUUUCUCUAAGAGCAACAGCUGAGAAUGAGUUUGUGGCUCUGAAGAAGGAUGUGGACUGCGCCUACCUGCGCAGGUCAGACCUGGAAGCCAACUCGGAGGCGCUGCUGCAGGAGAUCGACUUCCGGAGGAGACUGUAUGAGGAGGAGAUCCGCGUUCUCCAGUCCCACAUCUCAGACACCUCGGUCGUCGUCAAGAUGGACAACAGCCGCGACCUGAACAUGGACUGCAUUGUGGCUGAGAUCAAGGCUCAGUAUGAUGACAUUGCUACCCGCAGCAGGGCGGAGGCCGAGUCCUGGUACCGCAGCAGGUGUGAAGAGAUCAAGGCCACAGUGAUCCGGCAUGGCGAGACCCUGCGACGCACCAGGGAGGAGAUCAACGAACUCAACCGCAUCAUCCAGAGGCUGACAGCUGAGAUUGAGAAUGCCAAGUGCCAGAACACCAAGCUGGAGACCGCGGUGACCCAGUCUGAGCAGCAGGGUGAGGCGACCCUCAACGAUGCCAAGUGCAAGCUGGCAGGGCUGGAGGAGGCCCUUCAGAAGGCCAAGCAGGACAUGGCCUGCCUGCUCAAGGAGUACCAGGAGGUGAUGAACUCCAAGCUGGGCCUGGACAUCGAGAUCGCCACCUACAGACGCCUGCUGGAGGGCGAGGAGCAGAGGCUGUGUGAGGGUGUUGGCUCCGUCAAUGUGUGCGUCAGCAGCUCCCGAGGUGGCGUCGUCUGUGGCGAUCUCUGUGCCUCCGGUAUUUCUCCUGCUGUCAAUACCAGAGUCUGCAGUGCACCCUGCAGCGGCAACGUGGUGGUAGGCACCCCCAACGCCUGCGCCCCGUGUACCGGGGUUAGCGCCUGCAGCAGUGGCUGUAAGAAGUGCUAGGAGACAGCAGCUGCUGCAAUCAACAGCCUCCGCCCACUACCACCCUCCACCCAGCUAGAGCCUCACACCACCACCACGAGUCUCCCUCAAGCAGACCUUGUCCCAUGAGCAUGCCUGCAAGCCCCGACUGCCUGCUCUCCUCUGAGCAUCAAGCAAGGGCGGGCGUGCCUGGGUCUCUUUCUGUAGCCUUUCCUAGUAGUCAGUUUGUUUUUCUGAGGAACCAUUCUUUCUUUCUGCCUGUGUUUUGCUGGAUUCAUUGGUCCUACCUGACAACUUCCCUCGAACUUGAAAGCACAAGGCAAGCCCCAACAUCUGCCCAUCAGCAAGCACUUCCAGCGGUCUGACCAUGUGCUUCUGCCUGGCAGUGGAGAUGGGGAACCUGAACUGCUGCUGGUUUCCUCUAACUGUGGGAGGGAUCUCUCUCAGGGAAGGAGAGCACUGUCCUU